CUUCCGAGGAGUGAUUAGACUAGUGCAAAUUCAUCUCAUGCAUUCAUCACAGAUUCACAUAGCGUCUAGCUCGACAUUCUGACACGACAACCGACAACUGAAUAUUUGUUUUUUAAUAUUCUCUAAAUUGAGACCAGACUUUCGUCGAUCGAGCGCCUCUGGGAAGGUUUAUUCAGGUUUCAUCAGUGCUAUGGCGGAGGUACAACGUACAUCGAGUGAGACGAUAACGGAGACCGUUCAGACGGGCACACCACCUCCACCGCAGCAGGAGGGCAGAAGCUUGACCAUCAAGCUCAGGAAAAGGAAGACGGAGAAGAAAGUGGAGUGGUCCAGUGACACGGUGGACAAUGAACAUCUAGGCCGGAGGUCUUCAAAGUGUUGCUGUAUUUACGAGAAGCCACGACAGUUCGGCGAAUCUUCCUCGGAAAGCGAGGGGGAUGACGAGGAAGGCUGCGGAAGUGCGCACUGCGUUCUGGGACAUGGGAGAAGAGGCCAUGGACAGAGGGAGGGCGGAGGGACCACAGCGCCACCUAGCUCUGGGGGAACAAACCCUCACUAGAAGAUAAUGGGAGUCUUUUUGGAGCAAAGGGUAACGGGCGGCACUACAUUCAUAAUCCCUCAUCCUCACUCACACUGAAUUACAUCACACCAUCACUGGGUGUCGAAAGCUUUUUGAUGAAUGAAAGCUUGUAGAGCAAAGCAAUGUGAUUCGUUUUCCUCGUGGUCAUUAGUGUGAUGACUUUGGGAAGACUUAACUUUUUUUGCGAUCUGAAUGCUGCGGAAAAUUGAUAUUUGUUGUACAUAGGACAUUGGUUUUUAUUUCUUUUUGUAAAAUCAAUAUUUAUUUGUUUGUGUUUAACAACUUCAUUUUACCAGUUCUGUAUCCACAAACAAUAUUUUAAUUAAUUAAAAACCUUCAAAUAUAAUUCGGGAAGGUUUAUACCUCCUUGCGAAUUUAAAAGGAAUAAAUGCAGUAUAAAAAAAAGGAAUUUUAUAUCAAAUAUAAUUUGCCUUGCUGUGUCACAAUUCUAGCAGCAGUAUUUCUUCAUAUCACUUUAUCACUUCAGGAAAUUCAAGCGUAGUAAAUGUUGUGUGCUAUAGUGAAUUCAAUAAAUGAGAUUUCAGGAACUCAACCUUUUUGAAUAUAGUUACAAGGGUGCAUUAAAUCAUCUCCGUUAGUUUUCAUAAGUUUGAUUGAGAUCUAGUGAGACUCCCCUCAGACAAUCAGGCUAGUAAGAGACUCAGCAUGUACAUACAAACACAUUGUGUUUAAGACGUAGUAAAGUGGACUGAGAAACAUCUGAAUUCAUUCUGAAUGCGAGGUGAGAAUGGCACUUUGAUCAUUACCCAAAACUGAAACAGCAGCAGUGAAAUUAAACGGUAGGAUACUGAUCUGAAAAUGUGUAGAUUUGGCAAUUAUCCUUUCAUUCUCAUGCUUUACAUGAAAUACAGGGGAAAAUGUUUUGGUGUGUGUGAUUGAGAAGAUCACCCUUUGACGUGUAAGGUGCCUCAUGUCAUCCUGAUCACUAUGGCUGCUUUUAUUUAGCAGAAAUUGGUAUAAAAUCCAACUAUUAGUGGGAGAGGUGCAUGCUGUCAGCAUGGUGUAUACAGUAGUAGUUAGACUUGAGCUUUAAGGACUGAUUACAUGUGGUUAUAAAGAACACGGGAAGGUGCAUGACUGAAUGCUGGCCAAGACCAAAAUGCACAUAGCAUCAUCUCUCCACUGAUUUCAGAUACAGUUUACAGUUGAUUCCCAUCAGGACCAUCACAUCAGUCACCUGUAUCCCAGCAUUCACAUGCAUCUGUCGUCCCUUUACUGUGAACGCACCUGUAUGUACAUAGGUCAUAGAGUGGAUUUAACAUGAAUAAACAGAUGUUAAAUUAUGUUGUUUAUAUCUAUUAAAUGCUUAAUGGCAACCUGA